UCACCAAUCACCAUCAUCAUCUAUCCAUUUGAUUCAAUUAUUGAUUUUCUUGUUUCAGUUAUCAAAUCAUAGAUUCAAUAGAAGCGAAAGAACGACGUCGGCAUGGAAGAUGUAGUGAUCGUUGGAGCUGGAAUUGCUGGUCUUGCCACAUCUUUAGGGCUACUCAGAUUGGGAGUUUCAAGCGUAGUUUUAGAGUCAGCAGAUAGCUUGAGAACUUCGGGAUCAGCUUUAGGAAUUUGGUCGAAUGGUUGGAGGGCGCUAGAUGCUAUUGGCGUAGGCCAUAUACUUCGCGCAAAAUACAACAAACUUAGUGGAAUUGUGAUUACAUCAGUUAGUUCUGGUGUUCAGACUGCAGAGCUACCAUUUAGAGAUUCACAUACACAGGGGGGUGAUCUUGAGUUUCGAUGUGUGAAUCGGAGAGUGCUACUGGAAACACUAGCAAAUGAACUUCCAAUAGGUACAAUCAGGUACUCCUCGAAGGUGGUUCAUAUACAAAGUGAAGAUCAUGCCAAAUCUAUUCAUCUAUCCGAUGGAACUGUCCUGGAAACUAAGGUCUUGAUUGGAUGUGAUGGGGUGAACUCUGUGGUGUCCAAGUUCCUAGGCUUUAGUACGCCGGCUUACGCUGGUCGAACAUCUGUUAGGGGCUUCGUGAAUUUUCAGGAUGGACAUGGUUUGGAGGCCAAGUUCUUCCAGUUCUUUGGGAAGGGUGUUAGAUUUGGUGUUAUCCCUUGUGAUGAUUAUGCGGUUUAUUGGUUUAUCACCUUUCGGCCUUCAUCCCUAGAGAAAGAGAUGGUGGAGGAUCCGGCCAAGGUGAAACAACUCGUGCUGAGCAAGCUUGGCAAAGUCUCUGAUAAGAUCAUGCGAGUAUUUGAAGAAACCGAGCUAGAAAACAUGGUGUGUGCACCGUUAAGGUUCAGAUAUCCGUGGGAGAUGCUAUGGGGAAACAUAAGCAAGGACAACAUUUGUGUAAUUGGCGAUGCCUUGCAUCCUCUGACACCCGACAUAGCCCAGGGUGGCUGCUCUGCUCUGGAAGACAGUGUUAUUUUAGUCAGGCUUUUGGCAAGGGCGUUGAAGAGGAAUGAUGAAGGCAACGAACACCAUGCAAUCACUGAAGCGCUGGAGAAGUUCGCGAGGGAGAGACGGUGGAGAUGCUUCGAUCUGAUUAGUACUUCGUAUAUUGUAGGUUAUAUACAACAGAGUGAUGGGGUUUUGCUGCAGUUUUUUUAGGGAUAAGUUUUUGGCUAGGUAUAUGGCUGGAGUUGUGUUUAAGAAAGCUAGUUUUGACUGUGGUGAUCUUAUUGUUUCUUGAUUGUGAUUCUAAGUGUUGAGGUGUAGAGGUGUAGAGUACUAUACAAAAUUGGUAAUCAUGCGAUGAUGUGGUCCUAGGUUAUUGUUGGCUGUGACGGAGUGAACUCAGUGGUUUCCAAAUUUCUAGGCUUUAGCAAUCCUUAGUUUACUGCAUGCUCAGCUGUUAGGGGCAUCGUGCAUUGUGUACUGAACUCAAGGCCAUAUUUUAAUGAAGCCGGAUAUAUUCUUUGUUCGUA